CAUUCAAGUUAUCUAAUAUUGAUUCUUUCAAUCCUGAGAUUGAUCUGUGUGUGCGGUGGUUACUUGUCGUAAGUGGCCCAGUCAGGGUUGCAUGAUGUAUAAAAAAGCUCUUCUUUGUGCAAAGUGAGAUAUUGCAAUGUGCACAAAAAGGUUAUUUCAAGAUAAAAGAUGAUAGAUAUGACUGUCAUACUGUGUACAAACUUGCACAAGUCUGACUCCUGACACUGAUCUGAGCUCUCUGUUUGUGUUUGUUGGAGAGAUUCUAUCUCUGUGGUGAUGGGAUGUGAGGCCGUGGAAGUCGACUGAGCAGUGUGUGGGUUCUACUCUGCUCAGUCUGUCCCCGCCGGCGAGCUUAACACUGUCUAACCCGCUGUCAGCACAAACAGUGCAGAUGAAUUGUUCUGGGUUCAGUGCCUUGCCCAAAGGACUUCGCCAUGUGGGUUGGAGGAGCCGGGAAUUGAACAACAGACUCCCCGGGGGCAACACUUACGGGUGAAAGUGCUGCAGAGAGAUGAGACGUGAGACCAUCCUCAGUUGGGAGGAUUCUCCUGAAUGGCACAGUGUCUCGGAGGUGAUGAUGCUCAGACUCCCGGCCCAUCUGGUCCAAGCCUGUCAACGGCGAUACAUCACGCCUAAUGAAAUGGCACCAGCCCAACGCUAUCUGUCACAAGCAAUCUGCAUCUGCUUAGGGACUGAACGGAAAUGAGGAAGAGGGAUGCAAAGAGAGGAAGACGGAGAGACGCUGUGCCCAAGAGCAGCCGCCGUGUUUGUGUUUUUGCCUUCCCUGCUCCUCGGUAUGGCCGAGCCUGCUGAGCUGCUGCUCGUCAGGGACCAGUACGAGUCGGCGUUCCACUGCCUGAGUCGUGGCCUGGCCGCAGAGGGGGCCGGGGAACGAGCGGGGGCCCUGGAGUAUUACAGGAAGGGCCGGCAGCACCUCACCCAAGGGGUGGAAGUUCCCACCGGCGGGGAGAGGCAUCGCGGAGUGGCCUGGGACACGGCCAGGCGGCUUCAGCAGAGGAUGAGGGACACUCUGAGUACGGUCAACACUCACCUCUCUGACCUGGAGGCGUCUCCGUCGACGGCAGGAGGCCGGGGGCCCCAGCUGUUGGUGAAUCUCCCUCCUGAUCUUUAUCCAAACCUGGCUCCUGACAGCCAGCCUCCCCAUAGGUCUCUCAAUCAUCUGUACCCCACCGUGCCUCCCAUCCAGAACACAGCCACAAUCCCAAUUACACUCCCUCCCAGACCUGCUUCCCCCGCCUCGCCCUACAGAUACAACCCCCCUGCAGAGGCGCCGGGAACUGUAGCCAUGGCUCACCCAGGGGACCAGCCUCCAGCGUACACACCAAAGCCCACAGACGGGCACCACAGCCUGGCUUACGGUGCCGCUGCCGCUGCCGCUGCCGGCCUCUGGUCAGGGACGCAGACCGGAGCAGCAGCAGCAGCAGCAGCAGCACGGCGAGAUGGGAACGAGCUGCUUUUCGUUCCCUCUGGGGUGCAGAUGUUUUUCGUGGCACCAAAUGGACAGGUCAGCUCCCUGUAUAAUCCAGGGUUCCUACGAAUCAUCACGUUUGACAGUGAGAGCAAGGAUCCGCCUGCCGGAAGACCCUCAGCAUUCCUACACGUGUGCGACUGGCUGUACCCACUGACAGCAGACACUCCCGUGUUGCUGGCCAACUCGGGGAUUUUCAUGUUCCCUGACUCCCUGGCGGAGACGCCGGGGUCCUACGUGGGCAUCGUGUUGUCCUCUGAGCUGCCCGCUGCCCACCGAGAGAUGUUUCAUGACCUCCUCUCGCAGCUCUCUGAUCUCAGGAUCCAGGGUCCAGAGGGGGCAGGGUCAGAGGUCAUCAACUUGGGUAUGAAAGUCCCGCUUGGUCCCACGGAAGAAAGACUGACGGUAGCAACCGGGGAGAAGGAAAAACCACUUCUUCCUGGAUGGAGUGAGAAGAUGGCACAAGGAAUCCUGACAGGAGCCACACGGUUCAGUGAAGGGUUUGUGAAAGGGGCAGAGGCCACAGGUCGGGCCAUUCACAAAGGAGCCGCCAAGAUGCGGGACCACAUCACGCCUGAGGAAACCCCCUCAGAGGUCAGCCCCGGUGUCACCAAAAGUCUACAAGCGGCUCAACAGGCCACUGGGGGCGCUGUGCGAGUCAGCCAGUUCUUGGUGAAUGGAAUGAGUACAGUGGUUGGACAUGUGGCAGAAAAGGUGGCGCCCCAUGUGAAGAAGCAUGGCGCCAAGCUGGUCCCAGAGUCUAUGAAGAAGAGCAAAGAUGGCCAGGCUUCAAACAUGGACGGAGCCAAGUUUGUGGCAGUCAGCAGUGUACAAGGUUUUUCUACUGUUUGGUCCAGUCUGGAGACUGGAGCCAAGCUUGUGGGCAAGAGUGUUGCAGCCGAGACUGUCACAACUGUGACGUACAAGUACGGUAAUGAUGCCGGCGACGCCACAGACACGGCUCUCCACUCAGUCAUCAAUGUGGGUGUGACUGCACACAACAUUGACAAUCUGGGCAUCAAAGCCAUUUUGAAGACAGCCGGCAAGAAGACGGCCAAGGCCAUGGUCAAAAGCAAGGAUGGACAGUCGGCAGAAACUGACGGGAAGGAGGCGCAGAAGAAGGAUGAGGAAGAGAUGAAAAAAUAGAUACCCCACACGAGGAGCUUCACCAGAAGGUCUCACACUGAUGGGUCACUUCCUCAUUUGCAGUUUUCAAAGGAAAUGUAGGUCACUCAUUUUAAUGGAUGUAUUUUUCUAUUCAAUUAUUAUUGAAUUGCAUACGAACAGUUAUUUUAGUUUUUAAGGUUAUUUACGUAUCUCUGUCAGCAUCGACUGCAUUGUGUUGUGAAUGUUAACUUUACGCCAAAACUGAUGAAGUUUUUUGGCGGUAUUAUUGUGUUGUUGUAUACAUAUAGUACUGUGUAUUUGCUCUAUGUUUUGAAACUAAAACUUUAAGUAUCUGUACCAGAAAACUUGCUCACUGGCUAUACAGCUAAAGAUCUAUUUGUUGACUUAUAGCUAUAGCCUGAUAUUACCUCCUCUAUGUUGACAUCUGUAUGAAAGUUAUCAAAGUAUUUUAAUAAAGUAAAGCACAAAUGUAUAUACAAUAAUGUAUAUUUCACAACCAUGAUUAUCAGACAAUUUUUUUUAUUAGCCUGUUGGAUGUCUACGGUGUUCUUGGACCAAAAUAAACAAGAUAAGAAAAGUCCAACAAUGGUGACCUUUGCUGUGUGCAGUAAAAAUUAUAACUAAGUAAACAUAUGGAAGUAUAACAAAAUAUAAAGAAAAAAAAGCAAUAAUAUAUGUAAUGUAGACUGGAUAUAAACGUUGUAAAAAAUGAUUUCAGAUGGAGAGUAAUUGAGAUU